AUGCGUCUGCUUGUUCCAUUCGUGAUCCUGAGCAUUGUGCUCGUCCAGGGCACCGCUGCUUGGAACCCGACCACGAGAAAGUUGGAGGAGACCGUAGGCUCGAUGAACGAGCACAUUGGAGCACUGCUCUCAUCCUUCUCCAAGUACCUCGCCGGCGAUCUUUCUCAGACUGGUUUGGCCGUCGCGGCUGUCACCAACUUGACCGCAGAUCUCCACACUGCUGUGAAUGACCUCGCAUCGCCCGAGGUUGAAGUCCAGGGCGAAGACGUCCAGGACAUCUUGGUGCUUCUUGGCUAUGCCUCCGGCAACGUCACCGCGACUGUCCAGGCGCUGGUGCAGAAUCAAGACCGAAUGAAGAAGAGCGGUGUCGACGGAUUCGUGGACCAGCUCCUCCCUCCUCUCGGCCGCGCUUUCAAGACCUUCUCCUCUCUAGUCACCAUCCAGUCUGACAAGAAAUACCGCAACCAACUCUACGAGGCCACCGCAAUCAUCGUAGCGUGGAUCAACUUUGGGCUGGUGGCUUUUGGCAACUCGAGAAGCGCUUCCUUGGCUGGGUCGAGUCGCCGCAUGCUGCGUGGUGCGGAGCUCGACGCCUCUGAAAGUCGCGUUCAAGCUGCCUCACGCUCCUCCAGAAACCCCAUCCAAGCCCCUCCUCAGACCAAUGUGCCCAACCUGUUCAGCCUCACUUCCGAAUUCCAUUCCAAUGCCAUACGCGAACUCGCGCCCCUACCAAGCGCGUCCCUGAAUGCGAGAGGGCACGCACAUUCGCUCUUAGUGCGAGUUACUGCGCCUUGA